CACCGUUUCUGCUGUUCUUCGUUCUUCACUUCUGUGGACGGCUUUGAUCUGGAAAUUCCGUGUCAAGAUUAUUAUAUAUAGCGUAAAGAGCAGAAAAGGUCAUCGACUGAGGUUAAAGACCAUCGGAAGAGACUCGGGAUGGCGUACAAGCUACCGGAGGUCUUUCUUCUCCUCCUCUUUGGAAUUUCCACCACCUUCGCUCAAGGAUCUGGAAGAUCCAUGAAUCACAAUCCAGCAGUAUUCCAUAGUGACAAUGACUACGAGUGGACGACUUGGUUCAACGUCGAUCACCCUGGAGGGAAGGGAGAUUACGAACAGCUGGAUGCGAUUCGUUUCUAUUACCGAGCUCGUGUGUGCGAUUCCCCACGGAUGCUGGAAGCUCGUACUACAGACUGGAUGCCAGCUCACAGAACUGGAGAGAGAGUGCACACUGAGCCCACUGUGGGUUUCUGGUGCAUCAAUUCAGAACAACCCGAAGGAAAGAACUGCUCCAAUUACGCAGUCCGUUUCCUUUGCCCGAGAGACACAAAGUCUGAACCCGAAGGAGUGUGGAGUCAGUGGUCAGACUGGACCCCAUGUUCUGCACAAUGUGACCAGGAUGCAUCCCAGAUCCGCUCCAGAACCUGCACAACCCAAUCCAGGAGGUGCAACGGUCUAAAGAUGGAGAGCAGACAAUGCAGAGGACCCACUUGUCCAGGGUGUAAUCUGCAGUGUGUGAUGGGCAAGGCAAACACAGACUGCAGUGCUUGCAUGUGUGAAGAUCACACAGUGCUUGGAUCAGUUCGUCGUGCUGGAAGUCUCCCGGCUCCUGGGGCAGCCAUUCUCCUUUCAGGCACAAGCCCCAAACUUCUGACACUAUCUGACCACAACGGACACUUCCGUGUACCGGGGAUCUGUUCCGACGGUAACACUACACUGCUGAUCACGCUGCAGGGCCACAUGCGUCAGGAAAUCGUCAUGCCGCUGAGCCCUGAGCCUACAACUGUACUUCAUGUGAAGUUGGAGAGAGCAAAAAACCUGUAUGUGGAAAAGAACCCAGAGUCAAAAGCCAGGAGACAGGGUCAGACAGCUGCCUUCUGCUGCAAGGUUACUGGUUCACCUGAACCUAAUGACUACCAAUGGUUUCACAACGGAACUCUGCUUGACAAGAGCAUGUAUCACUAUGACAAGACGUUGGUUUUGAGGAACCUAAGAAUAGAUCAGGCUGGAGAGUACUACUGCAGAGCUAGCAGUGAGAAUGGUUCUAUUAAAUCCAAGCCAGCUACUCUCUCAGUCAUAGAUCAGGCUGAGCCUUCGUGUGACCCGAACCCUGAACCAAACUUGAUCCGUUUGCCUCAUGACUGCUUCCAGAACCAGACAAACUCCUUCUACUAUGAUGUAGGAAAAUGUCCCAUAGUAACAUGCACUGGACAGCUAGACAAUGGUAUUCGCUGCAAAGACUCCAUAUCUUUCUGUUGUGGGGUGUCCAAAAUGGAAGAGAGACAGAUAACAUGCCAAGGCUAUGAGUUACCUACUAUGGUGGUCACUCAGUGUGGCUGCAAAAAAUGUGUGGAAACAAAGGCAACAGUUCGUGGACGUGCCAUUGCAGCGGAUACAGGAGAGCCCUUAAGGUUUGGACACAUAUACAUGAACGGAGCAAGAAUUAGCCGAACAGGAUACAAGGGUACUUUUUCCAUCCAAGUUCCCACAGAUACUGAAAGGCUGGUUCUAACUUUUGUAGACAACAUGCAAAAGUUUGUGAACACUACUAAAGUACUUUUGUUCAACAGUAGAGGUGGAGCUGUGUACCAUGAGAUCAAACUGCUGAGGAAAAAACCUCCGGUUACCUUAAGCUCAACCGCUACAAACAAACUACAGCUUGGAGAACUACGAGAAGAGAAACCCAUGGCUGAGAUUGAAAUUCCACCCAACUCUUUCUACAAGCAAAAUGGAGAGGUUUAUGUUGGUAAUGUUAAGGCCAGCGUUACCUUCAUGGACCCGAGAGAUGUAUCCACAGCAGCGGCUGCUCAAAGUGACCUCAACUUUGUAGGCACUGAAGGUGAUACCCUCCCCUUGAGAACCUACGGCAUGUUCUCUGUUGACUUCAGGGAUGAGUCAGAUAGUGAGUCACUAAAUGCCGGAAAAGUAAAAGUUCGACUUGAUGCAGCAAGUGUCAAGAUGCCGGAACAUCUGGAGACAAUGAAGCUGUGGUCCCUGAACCCUGAGACUGGUCUUUGGGAAGAAGAAGGACAGCUUCGUAUGGAGAUAAAACAACGAAGAAAGCGAGAAGAAAGGACUUUCCUCGUAGGAAACAUGGAAAUUCGAGAGAGAAGGUUGUUUAACUUGGACGUGCCUGAGAACAGAAGAUGUUAUGUUAAAGUCCGAGCUUUCCGUAGUGAGCGAUUUAUACCAAGUGAGCAGGUUGAGAGUGUUGUGAUUACUCUGAUCAAUAUGGAGCCCACAGCAGGUUUCGCCAGCAACCCUCGUGCAUGGGGCAGGUUUGAUAGUGUCAUCACUGGUCCUAAUGGGGCAUGUCUGCCUGCUUUCUGUGAUGACGAAAAAGCAGAUGCUUACUCUGGUUAUGUCAUGGCAAACCUUGGAGGGGAAGAACUGGAUGCAGUAGCUUCAGCACCAAAAUUAAAUCCCAAUGUCAUUGGUGUUCCUCAACCCUAUCUGAACAAACUGAAUUACAGAAGAACAGAUCACGACGAUCCCAGGAUUAAGAAGACGGCAUUCAGUAUCAACAUAGCAAAACCCAGCCCAAACGCAGCUGAAGAAGCAAACGGUCCAAUUUAUCCGUUUGAAAAACUGAAAGAGUGCGAAGAAGCUCCAUUUAACGCACCUCACUUCCGCUUUUCAAGAGUUGAAGGAGAUCGCUAUGACUACAACACGGUUCCUUUCAACGAGGACGAUCCAAUGAGUUGGACAGAAGACUAUUUGAGUUGGUGGCCAAAACCGACGGAAUACCGAGCUUGCUAUAUUAAAGUAAAAAUCAACGGCCCGCAUGAAAUCAACGUUCGUUCUCGCAACAUGGGAGGCACCCACCCGAGAACAGUUGGCCAACUGUAUGGACUUCGCGAUACCCGUAGUAUCCGAGACAGGGUGCAGUCCAGUGUCUCAGCAGUCUGUUUAGAGUUCAAAUGCAGUGGCAUGCUCUAUGAUCAAGACAGAGUGGAUCGCACCCUAGUGAAGGUGAUCCCACAGGGUAGUUGCAAGAGAGAGAGCGUGAAUAGUAUGCUACAAGAGUACUUGGUCAACCAUCUUCCACUGGCUGUCAACAAUGACACCAGUGAAUUCACCAUGCUUGCCCCACUGGACCCUCUGGGCCAUAAUUACGGUAUCUACACGGUUACUGAUCAAGACCCUCGUACAGCAAAAGAGAUAGCACUCGGGCGCUGUUUUGAGGGUACAUCAGAUGGCACAUCAAGAGUAAUGAAGAGCAGUGACGGUGUGGCAUUAAUCUUCACUUGUGGCGAUAAAGAGGUCACCAAACAGAGCGUGUUCCAGCAACUCCAGAAUGCUCCAGGCCGGGCCGUAGCAGGGACUACUCGUCCAGGGAGAGGCAACCGAAGGCAAAGGGGAGACUCCUCAGCUGCACUCCGUAGUAGCCAGAGAAGAAGUACCCGCAAUCCCAACAGACGAUCCCAAAUCACACGCAGCUCAUAAUAAAUGUUUAACGAAAAUAUUCCGGAGAGGCCCGCAUCCAGGGAUGUUCUCCAUACCACCUGACUGGUGCGAAAGGUUUUUGAGCAUAUUCGUAAAUGAAAUUGUUUUUAAACUUUAAUGUGUAAUUCCCACAUGCUAUACUGAGAAACAUUUAGAGGUUUGAGUAAGGGUUCGAACUGAACCUUUUUUUUUUUUCCCCAACAAUUUUCCUUGCUCCCAACACAUGUCCCCCCCCCCCAAACAGAUAAAUCUAGAGCUAAAGUGGGUAUGUAAUGACAGUUUGAAGAAUAAUGUUGACCAGUAACAAUUAAGCAGCUCCUCCACCCCAUUUCACAAAUAAUUUGGUAAAUGAGGCAUUUAUAAACAGCUAUCUUAAGUUUACGCCUUAACACUUACCUGUACUGUGAUAGUUACUACUUGAAAUUGUAAAUAACGGGAUAUUUAUUUCAUACACCGUGAUAAAUAACCAGAAAUCCUAAUGUUUGUGUAUUUGACUCACACUACGUUUUCCAAAAGAAUCCUUUUUGACCAAUAAUUUUUAUUAAAUUACAUCCUUAAAAAAAAA